AUGGCCUACAUUGGCCGCCCCUUCUCGCAGCACACUCGCUUUCCCGAGAAGCCGUUUGAUCCCAAGGCCGUCACGCGAGCAAGCUGGACGCCAAAGCCGGUCAAGCCCAAACAAGACGGACCAUUGGUGCAGUUCAACCGCCAUCCAGAUGCACACGAGGUCCUCGUCGGACAGCGGCGACAGGUCCAGAUGUUGAGCCGGCGAACGAAGACGGCGAUCAAGGCCGUGCGGGUGGUGCAGUUAGUCUUACGCGUGCUGCAACUCCUCGGCGCCACGGGUGUGCUGGUGCUCAUGAUCCUGAUCAGCCACCUCCCGGACCAGACGGCCUGGGUGAUGCGCAUCACGGCCAUCGUCGUCAUGGUGCACUGUGUCUACGGCAUCUAUCACAUGGCCAAGCCAGCGGGUGCACGCCCGCCAGCCUCGUCGGCCGCAUACCAGGUCUUCUCGGCCUUCUCCGACCUCUGCGUGCUGCCCAUGUACGUCUACGGGCUGAUGGCGGCGCGCAGCGACAGCGACGGCUGGUCGACGCUGCUGGCCAACAAGGCGGCACUGUCGAGCCUCAAGACGGCCUUUUACUACACGCUGGUCGGCGCCGGAGCCCUGCAUCUCGUCACGCUCUGUGUGGCCUGCUGGCUGGGCGUCAAGUUCCGCCAGAUCACCAUGAUGCCGCCAGACAUGAACCCGCUCGAGGACAAUCUGACGUCGCGCACCAAGACGGCGUUACAUGCGCGCAACAAGUCGUCCGUCGUCACCAUUGGCUCGCUGCAGUCGGUCGACCUGGCCAAGGAAAAGGGCUUUGUGCGGCCGCCGGCUGUGCCGUUUGCCCACACGCGCGGCAGCUCGGACGCAACCAGUGUGCGCACGCAUAAGUCACGUGACUCCCGCCUUGAUCUGCCCAGCCGCUACCACCAGGUGAUGCCGAGCAACAGCUCCGUGCGCAGCAGCGCGACCACGCUGAAGCGGGCAUCCAUCGCCAGCGGCCUGCCGUCCAGUACCAUUGGCCGAGGAUCCUACGCUGAGAUCUCGCUGCACGAGUCGUACGCGCCGCACUACAACAGCCGUCGCAGCGUCGUGACCCCCCCUGGCACGGCUCCGGACGGAAACACUACCACCAGUCCCAACGGAUCGACACCGCGCCAGACCAGAUUCAAGGAGAACUGGUCCGGGGCAGACACGCUCUCGGACCGCACACAGCAGCGCAACCAGGCCCUCAACACGCUGGUGCUCAACGCGUCCGGCAAGCGGCGCGACUACAACCCGGUCAACCAGAACUUUGACUUUCCCGAGUCGGACGGCGAGGUGUCGGACUCGGACACGGUCUACCAGCGGCCCAUCUUUGACGAUGACGACUACGGCGACACCGAAAACCGCUACGAGAGCUUCCGCUUCGAGACCACCGCGCUUAACCGGAACAACACUGGCGUCAGUAACGGCAACGACGAUGACUUGCACCCGAGCCCGCUGCGGGCGAACCCAAUGAAGCGGGCCAAGGGCUCCGUCACGCCGACGGUGUCGUCGAUGACGUCGGCAGUCAGCAGCAGCACCAGCGGGAGCGCAGCAGAGGCAGCGAACAACAACAACGCAGUUCUGGGCGAGCUGAGCCUCAACGACCAGCGGGUCAGCGUUGUGGAUGCGGCCGAUCUGGGCGAUGGCACACAGGGCAAGUACAGCAACGCAGAAGACGAGCCGGACGAGGCGAGCAUUGGGCGGGCCUUGACGGGCAACGCGAUGCCGCAGCAGCUGGCGACAGGGAAGAAGCGCUGGACAUGGGCGCCGCGAAACCGUGACAGCAGCAUCCAGCCCGAAAACGGCUUCUACAGCAAGCCGUACGGCAACCUCAAGGCGUUGACGCCGCCCAUCAUGGUGGGAAAGGACGUGUCGAACGUGCCGGCGGGGCGGCAGGUUUCUAGCGGCAACGACUACGACCUGGGCAGCGGCGUGUACAAUGAGGCCGAAGGGGCGACGGCCGUGUUUGGGCGGCGUCAUGUCAGCGGCAAGUUGGCCGAGGAGGGAAGGGCGAGAAUGUAG